AUGUCUCAUAAUUUGAAAUAACCCUACUCUUAGUUUUGCAUCGAUGGAGAAUAUGGCAACGUUACAAAAUUAGAAAGAAGACUGCAAGAUUUAAAUCAAAAGGACCCAAAAGUAUCACUUGGUCUUAAUGAAGUAAAAUUUGAUAUGAUUUAAUCUACUUUUUAGAUCAAGCAAUAUUUAAGAGGAGAAGAUCCAGGCCUUCCAAACAAAAGCAUCAUGGGGGAAUAUAAUCUUGACGAGCUGAGAGGCUAUUUCUAAACAGGGAAGCUAAAUCAGGAUGAUGCUCAGAGGAGAUAAUAAUUCAAAAAAGAUGGCGAUAUGGUAGAUCAAAUGAGAGAUAUUAAAAAGGAAAAGCACUUAAUGAGAAUGAAGAAAGAUCAAGAUGAGGAUGACCUAGUGGAUCUUUUAAGAGAAUUGGAAUAAAAAAAAGAAAUGGAAUUAAGAGCUCAGAUAGAAAAAGAGGAAAUACAAAGAAAUCUGAAAGACUUAGACAAGAAAUAACUCAAUGCCUUGGAAAGGGAUAGGAAAAAAGAAUUAGAGAAGCUAUCAGUGGAAAGAGAGAAUCUCAGAUUAAGAGAACUCGCUAUGAUGGAUGAAGUAAAGAAGAUGGAAUAGUAGCUGAUAGAGCAGGAAAAGUACUUCAGAAAGCAAAAGGAAAAUGCCGAAAGAGAUCCUAACAAAGCAUUUGCAAUGAACGAUGUCAGAAAAAAGGAACUGGAACUUGCUUAAGAGAGAGGAGAAAGAAUAGUUGCUAUAAAGGCAUAAAGAGACAAACUUGAAAGAGAGCGAACAAGAAUUAUGGAUGAUUUAGACAAGGUAAAAUCAGGUGUUAUUGGUGGGAUUAGAAGAAAUGAUGCCGCUAGAUAUGCUGGGGAAGCUAUUAAGAAUAUGGGAUCAAUUGAAGAUUUUAGAGCUGACAAAUUCCAAAGUUUAGAGCCAUCGAUCAAAGAUAAACUAAUAACUGAUACAGUAAGGGUUAACUAUCUUAGAGAAUAAUAAAAAAAGACUAUGAAUGAAAUGCUGCCAGAAAUUGAUGAGCUUGAUAUUCUUUAAAAGGAAAUGGAAAACAGGAAUUUCAUCAAUGAAGCAAGUAAUAUGGCUAAUGAAUAUGACGGCAGAAAUACUCCAAAUAAGCCAGCAUAUUUGACAACUAUAAGAUAAAAAUUAGAGAAUUAAGCUGCUGCUCCAUCUAGUUAUUAAAUGAAUGGAAAUGGUAAUAUUGGAAGUUAUAAUUACUAAGCUGACUUGCCUGAUCAUAUACCAUACGGAGAAGGCAAAAAAGCAAUGCUCAGCAACUUGAAAGAUCUUAAGGAUGAAUACUUAACAAAGGGAGGAGAAGAUCAAGAUUUUAUAACUAAAGUUAAUGAUCUAUAAAACUUUAUUCAGUACAGAAAAGAUAUUCCCGGUAAAAAGGAUAAUUAUUAACCUGGCCAUCCACCUCAAGUAAACUAAAUUCAUGUGACUAGUAAUAAUCCACCUCUGAUGGCUCCACCUGGAAUGCCACCAUUUCCAGGCUAUCCACCUGUAGCAGGAUUAGGAAUACCUCCUCACAUGGGAUUACCCCCUCCUUUAGGUAUGCCUCCUUUUCCAGGUGCUUUUCCACCUAUGAUGGAUCCUAUGAUGAUGCAAAUGAAUUAAAUGCUCUAAUAAUAAGAAGUUGAAAACCAGAAACUAAGAGAAGCUCUUGAAGGUAUAGGAAACACCGCAGGAAAUAUCAAUGAUUUUGAUGGUAUCAUUAAUCAAACAACUAAAGAAUUAGAUGAUUUAAAAAGCAAGAUACUCCCAGGCGGUCUUGGUACAGUAGGAGGUGAUGAAGAUGAAGCUUUUCCAGAGGAUUUUGUUUUUAGAUAGAAUGAAUUUAGAUGCGAAGAUCUUGAAGUUGAGGAGAGAGCAUUGAUGAAUCUGACCGCUCAAGAAUUUGAUUCCUUGAGGGUGAUAUCAAAGCUACCAGUUAACUCAGAGCUUUACAGAUAUAAGAUGGAUUAAUAUAAAGAGUUGAGUACAAUGAGAGCAGAAAUUGAGAAAGUACUUCAAGAAUAAAGACUUGAGAAAAUUAGAAGAGAUUUUGAGAAGCAAAAGUAUGAAGAUGAGAGAAGAUUCAAACAUGAAAAAUGGUUAGAGGAUUAAAAAAGAUAAAUUCUUGAGGCAAAGCUUAAAAAUGCUGGUAGAAAUAAUAAUAAUAAUCAGAAUUAUGAUUAGGGGUUUGAUAAUAAUCAAAUGUAACCACCUUAAACUUCCUAAUAAUAAUAGACACAAAGUUAAAGACCUUAAACAAACUAAUAAUUUGGUUAACCUCCUCCUCCCCUUACAAGUCAAAGUACAUAAUAAAGGCAAAUUUAAACUCCAAAUACUCAAUAACUUUAACAACCAUAAUUGAACUAGAACUAAAAUUAUGAUCCAAAUGUUGGUUUUAAUCUCAUGAUUGAUUAUCUUUACAAUAUUCCAAGAGAAUAUAGACAAAUGAGAUUAGUAUAUAGUAUAUACUUAGAAAAGAAAUCAUUAACUGAGCCAAGAUUAGUUGAAACUAAAUAAGCUGAAGCUGAUAUGGACUAGCCUAAUUUCAAUAAAGUCUUCUUUAAUGCAAAUCAGCUAAUCAAGCAUAUUAAGUAGCACCCUUCUUCGAAUUUGAUAAUAGAAUUGCAGGUACCAGAUCCAAAUAAAACUGCAGGGUAUUCUAGUUUAGGUUGGACCCUUCUAAAUAUAUUUGAUAACAAUUAUAACCUAAACAAGGGUAAAUGGAGAUUGCCAAUAUAUAGACCUUCAACAGUCGUAGACUUAGAUGUGAGAGAUAUACCUAAGCUAAAACCUUUACUUAAUCUAAUUCUUUGUAUCAGAAUAGCUUUUCCCAAAGAUGAGAUUUAUAUGGCCUAGCCAAGCGGAAGAACUAAUCCAGGAAAUUAUUUCUUGCCAUAUAUACAUGAUGUGUAAAGAGGUCCAGAUAAUCAACCAAGAUAAACAAAUCCCCCUCUUAAUUAACAGAAUAGCAUGCCAAUUUAAAGGAAACCAACAAAUAAGAAUUAAAUACCUUUUAGUAAAAAUAUGGGAGAUCAAUUUGUGAAUCCUCCGUAAGAUGUUGGUUAAAGAGAUCCUAAUUAUGAAAUCUCAGGAUUACAACUAUUUGUUCACUACCUAAGAAAUCUAAAAAAUUAUUAGAAGGCUAAAGUAUAGGCAACUCUUUACGAGGGAACUUAAAUAGUGAAACAAGACAACUAUCAGGAUUGUAAUUGGGCAUCAGCAGGAGUAGAAAAAUCCACUUAAAUUCUUGCACCUAAAGGUUCAAAAAUAGAAAUUGGCUUAGAUGGUCAAAUUCAAAUUUUCAAACCAGCUGCCUAAGAUUUAAGUCAACCUAGAGAUUAUGGCUAAAACAUUGUUGGAUAAAGUGGAUAUGAUGAAUAUGUCAUUCCAAUUAAUCAAGAAACAUCUUGGUAGAAAGAUCUUUAUAACAUGAUUUGGGAUCAUGGAGUAAAAGAUAAUCUUUAUCUGCUCAUUUAGAUAUUCGUUUAGUUGCCUAGAUCUUAAGUUCAGUAACAAUAGCAGCAGAAUGGCUAAAUUGCUUAUGAGCCAAUAGGAUAUACUGUUUUCUAAGUAAAUAACGAUGAUGGAACAAUUAGAUUUGGUACGUUUGAAUAGAGUAUAUUUAGGAUGCCUAUAAAUCUCUUCAGAUAAGAUUAGAGUUAAGUACUUCCAACUACAGUCAAAUUCUCUAUUAUUCAGCCGAGAGUUUAACCUUUGAGUGCUAAAUAACAACUUCCUGAUAGAAUGAUUGAUUCAAAAGGGAGACCUCAUUCAGAAUAGUUUAUUCCAAACUUUGAAAAGCAGUACUCACCAAGUGAAGAAUUCGGUCCUGGUGAUGGUAUAGAUAUUUAUGUUGAUUGGGCCAGAUUCUUGCCAGAUAAUUCUAUGUUCACAAAAUGCCAUGUUAGAGUUAUAGAUGUUGGUCUAAACUAUCCUUUGCCUGGGUAAAAAGGAUUUGCAAGUUUAGAAUUUUCAACAGCAAGAAACCCAUUUUUUGGCUUUAAAUAUGAAGUCAGGUUACAGAAAGUUAACCCAUCUCUAAUACUUCUUGUCAGUUUUGAGACAAUAGAUAAAUCUAACGGUCAACCUUGCUAUUGUGGACAUUCGUAUUUCCCAUUAUUUAUGGAUAAGCAGACCCUACUUCCUCAAUUCACACUUCAUAAAGGAUUCUAUUAAAUGCCUAUAUAUUGCUAAUUCCCAAAUAUGCAGCAACCAUUUACCUAUGAAAACUUAGUCUAUAAAGCACCAAAAACUCCAGAUGGAACAGUACUUGGGCUAGAUAAUGUCGCUCCAGAAAAGUGGGGAGAUUAAGAAGUCUUAAUAUAAGCGCCAGUCUACCAAGAGGGAAUUUAUAAUUAUUUUAUGUAAGAAAAGGAAGAAGAGAUCCCCCAUUAACAUCUAUAAUUGACUAAAUGGUCAUUAUGGGAAAAUAGAAUCCAGCUUUGCUCCGAAUUCGGAUUCAGAGCUGGAGUUGAAGCAAUUCACAAUAAUAAUGUCAAUGGCUUCCUCGGAGUAAUAAUGAGUGUUUGCCCAACUGCUGAAUUUUAUAACUUUAAUAGAGUCAAUCCGCCAGCUGAUGUAUUUUAUUAUAAAUUAACAGCAUUUUAGUGUAUAAGCUUUGCUUAGUUGAAUUUUGAGAGCACUGUUCAUACUUAGAAAUUCUAAGAUGGUGAAUACGUUUUUAAGAACUUAAAAGAAACACCAGGAAUGGCACUGAUUUUCGAUGUUAAAAUUUACAAGGCUGGAGAUAAAGCGUUUACAGACUACGGGUUCAGUUUCUUUCCAAUGUUUGAAUAACUUUAAAAUGAUGAGGGUGGAAUCGAGCUGUAUGUCAACUCUGGAAUUUAUUCAGUAUAAACAUUUAUUCUUUUAAUUACUACAGCUGCCAAUCUUUUAAGGUGCUCCUUCUCCUUAAAUGGUCGAGUCGUUGAGAAAUUCAAGAAAUACCAAAGAAUAUGUCAAUAGCUUGAUAAGUAUAGACAUUUCGACAAAGGUUUCGAAAUCAUACCUCCAAGAAGCAAAUUUAUUCCCAAGGAUUUGCUAUCAAAACUUCAGUAUUAACCAUUAUAACCAUCAUAGGCAGCCAAACUAAAGAAACUCAAUCAAAUAAUUCCAAAAGGGGAAACGACUCUAUAAUUCUAACAAUUCAUCACAGAUUACUUAAAUACAUAGUAUAAGUUGUGA